AUGACUCGUUUCUCUGACGCUGAUCUGGGUGUUGAAUCCGCCCCUCCCGGCGAAGCUCGUGCUGGCGAUGUGCAGGCCGCUCGCUCCCCACUUGAUGGUACAAGCAUCGCUAUCCCUACCCAGGAUGGCGAGACUAUUGAGAUUCCUGCUACUCGCAGCUCAAUGAGCGGUACCUCCGCCAUGAUGCAUCACCUCAGCUUGGGUCCUUCCACAAGGGACCGCCGUGGCUCUCGCAACUCCUUUGGAACUUCUCUCCCUAUUCCCCGCUCACCGCGCAUGUCGCGAAGCUCGCGUCUGUCUCGUGCCUCCCGCCCUAGCGUUAUCAGCAAGGAUAUCAUGGCUUCGCAGGUGCAAGAUCUUUCUCCCGAGAAGGUGGCUGCCGUGAAGAACAUGGCUUUUGCCUUCGACAUUGACGGUGUGCUGGUUCACGGAAACAACUACAUUCAGGAGGGUCGCGAAGUCAUGAAGAUGCUGAACGGUGACAACGAGCUUGGCAUCACAUUCCCUUACAUUCUUUUGACCAACGGCGGUGGUAAGACCGAGCAGGCUCGGACUGAACAGCUGUCCGAGAUUCUUGACCACCCCGUCCACCUCGACCAGUUCAUUCAGUCUCACACCCCCAUGCAGGCUCUUUCUGAGUACUACGACAAUGUGUUGGUUCUCGGUGGUGAGGGCUACAAGAUCCGUGACGUUGCUGAGCAAUACGGAUUCAAGAAUGUCAUUCACCCCAAGGACAUUGUUGCCUGGGACCCUACGAUUUCUCCCCAGGGUCGAUUCACCGAAUGGGACAAGGAGCACGCCAAGCCCCGCGACUUCUCCAAGUUCAAAUUCGACGCCAUUCUCUGCUUCGCCGAAUCAUGGGACCAAAUGACCGACUUCCAGAUCAUCAACGAUCUCCUCAUGUCCGAAGACGGAUACCUCCUGACCCGCACCAAGAACCCCAAGGAACACAAGCACAUCCCCAUCUACUUCUCACAGGGUGAUCUGCUCUGCCCCACCGAGCACAAGGGACCCCCACGUCUGCACCUGGGUGCCUUCCGUCUCGGUGUUGAGGCCAUGUACAAGGCUACAUCCGGUAACGACCUCGAGCGUGUUCUGUACGGUAAGCCCGAGCGCGCUACCUACAUCUACGCCGACGAGGUUAUGGCCGACUGGAUGGAGGAUCUGCACGGCGAGAAGAAGCUGCCCAAGAACAUUUACAUGGUUGGUGACAACCCCGCCUCCGAUAUCGUCGGUGGUAACAUGUAUGGCUGGAACACCUGUCUUGUCCGCACUGGUGUCUUCCAGGGUGGUGAGAAUGAUGAGGAGAACCCCGCCAACUUCGGUGUGUUCAAGAAUGUUAAGGAGGCUGUCUGGACAGCUAUCCGCAAAGAGCUUGGUGAUGACUUCAAGUUCAAGUGGGAUCCUAAGCUGAACCCCGUUACCGGCGGUAACUCUCAAUCCGCUAUUGAGUAA